CUGCUCCAAAACGCUACAAUGGGAAUAUUAUACAUCGAUCUGCAGGAGUUUUCGACAUACGUACUGUGCAGCUCCAGACAGUUUUCAGUCAUGUUGAAGUAAUUAUAAACAACAAGAACUGCGCUUCAAUGAGCUCGACGUUUCAUUUCCAGAAGCUGCUUAGUCACUAAUAAUAAUGCCACUUGAGGAGUCCGGUGAAAACACUCCGCUUCUCAGAGGCGAGAUUAUAAGUGAUGGAGAUACUGACAGAAGCAGAUGGAGGUCCAUCAGGGUCAUGUACUUUACCAUGUUCCUUAGCAGUGUUGGUUUUACGAUUGUCAUCACUUCAAUUUGGCCCUAUCUGAAGAAAAUCGAUGAAAGUGCAGAUGCCAGUUUUUUGGGAUGGGUGGUUGCUGCAUACAGUUUGGGUCAGAUGGUGGCCUCACCCUUCUUUGGAUUGUGGUCCAAUCACAGGCCUCGACGGGAGCCUCUAGUCUGCUCUAUAUUCAUUAAUGUCUCAGCCAACAUUUACUACUCCUAUGUCUACCUACCUCCCUCACACAACCAGAUUCACAUGCUCUUGGCUCGCACAUUUGUGGGUAUCGGAGCAGGUAAUGUAGCAGUGGUGAGGUCCUAUGUGGCUGGUGCCACUUCCCUGAAGGAAAGAACCAGUGCAAUGGCAAACAUGAGUGCCUGUCAAGCUCUCGGCUUUAUACUUGGCCCAGCUCUGCAGGCUGUUUUGUCAUUCAUUGGAGAAACCGGCGUGAGUGUGGAUGUCAUCAAGCUUCAGGUUAACAUGUACACAGCUCCAGCGCUGUUGGCGGCCUGCUUUGGGGUCAUUAACAUUCUGCUGGUUAUUUUAGUCUUGAGGGAGCACUCUGUGGAUGACCAUGGGAACAGGAUCCGUCCAAUUAACUACACUCCAGAAGAGCGAGUAGAUGUGCCUCCUGAGGUUGAAGGUGAUAUCGACCAUAUUGCAGUGUUCACAUCUAACGUCCUUUUCUUCAUCAUUCUCUUUAUUUUUGCUGUGUUUGAGACUAUAUCUACUCCUCUGUCAAUGGACAUGUUCGCAUGGACAAGAAAGGAAGCUGUUUUGUAUAAUGGCAUCAUAUUGGCUGCCAUAGGCUUUGAGUCCAUCCUUGUCUUUCUGGUGGUAAAAGUGGUUUCAGCACGGGUAGGAGAUCGGCCACUGCUGCUUGGAGGCUUGAUUCUCAUAUUUGUAGGGUUUUUUAUGCUGUUGCCAUGGGGAAAUCAAUAUCCUAAAAUACAGUGGACAGACAUUAACAAUAACACUAUACCACCAAUACAACUGGCACCCACCCCAGCCUCAAACAGUUCCCUGGAGCCCAUUGGAUGCCCGUCCGAACAGACCUGGUGCUUGUUCACCCCUGUAAUUCAUCUCGCACAGUACAUCACCUCUGACAUCCUGAUCGGAGUGGGCUAUCCCACAUGCAACGUCAUGUCCUACACUUUAUACUCAAAGAUACUGGGGCCCAAACCACAGGGAGUUUACAUGGGAUGGCUGACUGCAUCAGGAAGUGGCGCGCGGACCCUCGGGCCUGUCUUUGUUUCACACUUCUACACCAUCCUGGGACCUCGCUGGGCCUUCAGUGCCAUAUGUGGCAUAGUGCUAGCUGCGAUUGUAAUGCUCAGCGCCAUGUACAAGCGUCUCGUCGCCUUCUCCAUACGCCAUGGACGGAUAGCGGAAUGAUGGCAUGACUGACAGGUGCCCCUACCGACUUCUUGAAGAGACAGUUCAUAUGUAUUACCCCUCAAGUGGUAACAAAUCUUUUGUGUUUUCUGUUGGAAACAAAAAGAAGAUUAUUUGAAGAAUGUUGUAAUCUGGUAGCCAUUGAAUUUUAUAGUAGGAACAAGAAGACUUUGGAAGUCCAUAGGAAGCAGUUUCAGACAUUCUUGACAAUAUCUUCUGUCUUGUUCAACAGAAGUUCAGCAUAUUAUGACAUAAUUGUCAUUUUUUUUGGUCAACUAUCCCUUUAUAGACAUGAACUUUCCCUUUAAGUGGGUCUGACUUAAACCUGUGAAUGCUAUUUAAUACACGUUCAUGCUAAUCAUGAUUUCUUUAAAGUGAUGAUUCACCCAAAGCUAAGAAUUCUGUCAGAAUUUACUCCUUUACUCCCUUUUUUAAUUUUAAAAGACAAAUUUGAAGAAAGCUGGAAACCUGUAACCAUUGACUUCCAUAGUAUUUAUUUUUCCUACUAUGGAACUCAAUCUUUACAGCUUUCUUUUAAAUCUCAUAAUCUUUUGUGUUGAACGGAAUGAAGAAAUCUCUAAAGAUACCAUUUAAGAGAGAGUAAAUAGUGACUAAAUGUUCAUUUUUUGGGGGUGAACUAUCCUUUUAAGUAGACUGUCUUCCAUUUAAAUGUGAAUAACAUUCUUUAGACUACUAUUAACUGAGCUGUGAAUUGAUCUACUAUUGGAGCAGAAUGGCAUGAAUCAUGUCACCGUUUAAAACGCACACAGUUGCACAAUCUAAACAGAGCGACGUGAAUAAACCACAGUAUUGACUAUGUUUGGCAGCUCCAUGAGUUAAUGAAGUAUCGCAGGCUUAUGCGGUUGUUUAAGCAAACACUUUACAGAUUCUGAUUGUUUUGUUUUUAAUAAUUGUUGCUAAUAAACUGAAUUCCUGUUACUGUUAAACAUUAACACACAUUCAAAUUUCUAAGCUGAUUGAAGUCGAUGUUGAAGUUUGUUUUUAAUAACACUAAGCUUAAUGUACACUAUGUUCUGAGCAUUACUUGACUUUGGGUGCAUCCUGAAGAUUUAAUAUGAUCACUGGUGAUUGAUGGGUGUUAAAGCACAGUAUGGACUUUUCCUGAAAACCUUUAAUAAACUAAUGUUUUUAAAGA